AAAACCUAAUAAAUAGUAAUAAAAUACUUGAGUUACGUACAAUUUAUUGUCACUGUUUUAUUUUGUUUCAGGUGACUAUUCCUUGGAAAUAUCACCGGUCAUGCUGGACGAUGACGCUAAAUAUGAAUGUCAAGUCUCGACUGGAGCGCAAGGUCAAACGGGCAUCAGGUCCCACUUCGCCAAAUUGACAGUAUUAGUACCGCCUGAUCCUCCGAAGAUUAUUCAAGGUGAUUAUUUGGUUACCACCGAAGAUAGAGAAAUCGAAUUAGAAUGCAUCAGCUACGGUGGAAAGCCUGCUGCAGAAAUCACGUGGAUAGAUGGACUGGGAAAUGUCCUUUCCGACGGUAUAGAGAAUAUCGUGGAGAAGUUGUCCGACGGGAGACGAUUUACUGCCAAGUCAAUAUUAAAAUUGACGCCGAGAAAAGUCCACCACAACACGACGUUUACGUGUCAGGCACAGAAUACAGCGGAACGAACACACAGAUCGGCGAAACUCAAACUUGAGGUCAGUAAUGUAUGA